AUGUCAUUCUCAAUUUCGGGAUCUAAAGAAGAUUCCGAUAAUAGAUUGGAAAAUCAAAAAACAAAUUCUUCAUCAGAUUUACAUUCAAUAGAUGAUUAUCAUGGUAUAGAUGAAAAAAGUGUUCGUAAUUUGGCAAGAACUUUUACAAAUAGUUCAAAUAAUGAUGUUAAUUCAGCUUCAGAAUUACAUAAAUAUUUAACAAAUAUGUCAACUGUACCUGGUGUUAAUCCAGUUUCAGAAACUCCAGAUGAAAGAUUAGAUCCAAAUUCUGAUAAUUUUGAAGCUAAAUAUUGGGUUAAAAAUAUUAGAAAAUUAUUUGAUUCAAAUAGAGAUUAUUAUAAACCUUCAAAAUUAGGUGUUGCUUAUAGAGAUUUAAGAGUUUAUGGUGUUGCAAAUGAUACUGAUUAUCAACCAACUGUUACAAAUGCAUUAUGGAAAUUAGCUUCUGAAGGUAUUCGAAUGAUUAGUAAAGAAGAUCAAUCAAAACAAUUCAACAUUUUAAAACAUAUGGAUGCUAUAAUGAGACCUGGUGAAGUAACAGUUGUAUUAGGUAGACCUGGUGCUGGUUGUUCAACAUUAUUAAAAACUAUAGCUGUAAAUACUUAUGGUUUUCAUAUUGCUAAAGAAUCUAAAAUUACUUAUGAUGGUUUAACUCAAAAAGAUAUAGAAAAACAUUUUAGAGGUGAUGUUAUAUAUUCAGCAGAAACUGAUGUUCAUUUUCCUCAUUUAUCAGUUGGUGAUACAUUAGAUUUUGCAGCAAGAUUAAGGACUCCACAAAAUAGAGGUGAACAUGUUGAUAGAGAAGAAUAUGCAAAACAUUUAGCAAGUGUUUAUAUGGCUAUGUAUGGUUUAUCACAUACAAGAAAUACUAAUGUUGGUAAUGAUUUCAUUAGAGGAGUUUCAGGUGGUGAAAGAAAAAGAGUUUCAAUUGCAGAAGCAUCAUUAAAUGGAGCAAAUAUUCAAUGUUGGGAUAAUGCAACAAGAGGUUUAGAUUCAGCUACUGCAUUAGAAUUUAUAAGAGCUUUAAAAACUUCAGCUACAGUUUUAGAUACAACUCCAUUAAUUGCUAUAUAUCAAUGUUCACAAGAUGCUUAUGAUUUAUUUGAUAAAGUAGUUGUAUUAUAUGAAGGUUAUCAAAUCUUUUUUGGUGAUUCAAAACAUGCUAAAGAAUAUUUUUUAAAUCAAGGUUGGGAAUGUCCUCAAAGACAAACUACAGCAGAUUUUUUAACUUCAUUAACUAAUCCAGCAGAAAGACAACCACGUCCAGGAUUUGAAAACUCAGUACCAAGAACUCCAGAAGAAUUUGAAGCUCGUUGGAAAAAUUCACCAGAAUAUGCUGCAUUAAUUCAAGAAAUAGAUCAACAUUUUAUUGAUUGUGAAUCAUUAGAUACUAAACAACAAUAUCAUGAAUCUCAUAAAGCAAGACAAUCAAACCAUCUUAAUUCUGGAUCCCCAUAUACUGUUUCAUUCAAUAUGCAAGUUAAAUAUAUUAUGCAUAGAAAUUGGUUAAGAAUGAAAGGAGAUCCUUCAAUUACAAUUUUUUCAAUUUUUGGUCAAUUAGUAAUGGGUUUAAUUUUAUCAUCAGUUUUUUAUAAUUUACCUCCAAAUACAAAUUCAUUCUAUUUUAGAGGUGCAGGUAUGUUUUUUGCUGUUUUAUUCAAUGCAUUUGCUUCAUUAUUAGAAAUUAUGUCACUUUUUGAAGCUAGACCAAUUGUUGAAAAACAUAAGAAAUAUGCACUUUAUCGACCAUCAGCUGAUGCUUUAGCUAGUAUUGUUAGUGAAUUACCAGUUAAAUUGUUAAUGUCAAUGUCAUUUAAUUUUGUAUUUUAUUUUAUGGUUAAUUUUAGAAGAAAUCCAGGUAGAUUUUUCUUUUAUUGGUUAAUGUGUAUUUGGUGUACAUUAGUUAUGUCACAUUUAUUUAGAUCAAUUGGUGCUGUGUCAACUUCUAUUGCUGGUGCAAUGACUCCUGCAACUGUAUUGUUAUUGGCUAUGGUUAUUUAUACUGGUUUUGUCAUUCCUACUCCUUUAAUGUUGGGAUGGUCAAGAUGGAUAAAUUAUAUAAAUCCUGUUGGUUAUGUUUUUGAAUCAUUGAUGUUAAAUGAAUUUCAUGGAAGAGAAUUUGAAUGUCUAGAAAACAAUUUUAUUCCAUCUGGUCCAAAUUUUAGUCAAUAUCCAAUUGGAAAUAAAGUUUGUGCAACUGUUGGUGCUAGACCAGGUAAUAGAUUUGUUAAUGGUACAGAUUAUUUAAAAGAAUCUUAUAAUUAUGUUAAUGGUCAUAAAUGGAGAAAUUUAGGUAUUACAAUUGGUUUUGCUGUUUUCUUUUUAGUUAUUUAUGUUGCACUUACAGAAUUCAAUAAAGGAGCUAUGCAAAAAGGUGAAAUUGUUUUAUUUUUAAAAGGUUCAUUAAAGAAACAUAAGAAACAGAUGCAAGCUAAAGCUCAUGAUUCAGAAUAUGGUGGAAUGCCAAAUGAAAAAGUAUCAAUCGAAGCUGCUACUGAAGCUAGAAAGUUUGAAAAUAGUUCAGAAUCAGGAUCAGUUUCUUCAACACCAUUACCAGAAAACAAAGAAAUAUUUUUUUGGAGAGAUCUUACAUAUCAAGUUAAAAUUAAAAAGGAAGAUCGUGUUAUUUUAAAUCAUGUUGAUGGAUGGGUUAAACCAGGUCAAAUUACAGCUUUAAUGGGUGCAUCCGGAGCAGGUAAAACUACAUUAUUGAAUUGUUUAUCAGAACGUGUUACUACUGGUACUAUUACAGAUGGUGUUAGAUUGGUUAAUGGUCAUCCAUUAGAUUCUUCAUUUCAAAGAUCAAUUGGUUAUGUUCAACAACAAGAUUUACAUUUACCAACUUCAACUGUUAGAGAAGCUUUACAAUUUUCAGCAUAUUUAAGACAACCAAGACAUGUGUCAAAAAAGGAAAAAGAUGAUUAUGUUGAUUAUAUAAUUGAUUUAUUGGAAAUGACAUUAUAUGCAGAUGCUUUAGUUGGUGUUGCUGGUGAAGGAUUAAAUGUUGAACAAAGAAAAAGAUUAACUAUUGGUGUUGAAUUAGUUGCUAAACCUAAAUUAUUAUUAUUUUUGGAUGAACCAACAUCUGGUUUAGAUUCUCAAACAGCAUGGUCAAUUUGUAAAUUAAUGAGAAAAUUAGCAGAUCAUGGUCAAGCUAUUUUAUGUACUAUUCAUCAACCUUCAGCAUUAUUAUUAAAAGAAUUUGAUAGAUUAUUAUUUUUACAAAAAGGUGGUAAAACUGUAUAUUUUGGGGAUUUAGGUGAAAAUUGUCAAACACUUAUUAAUUAUUUUGAAAGUGAAGGUGCUGAUCCUUGUCCAGCUAAUGCUAAUCCUGCUGAAUGGAUGUUGGAAGUUGUUGGAGCUGCUCCAGGUUCUCAUGCUAAACAAGAUUAUUUUGAAGUGUGGAGAAAUUCAAAAGCUUUUCAAGAUGUUCAAGCUGAAUUAAAUAGAAUGGAAACCGAUUUAUCUAAAUUGCCAAGAGAUGAAGAUCCAGAUUCAAAAUUAAAAUAUGCUGCACCAUUAUGGAAACAAUAUUUAUUAGUUAGUUGGAGAACAAUUGUUCAAGAUUGGAGAUCACCAGGUUAUAUUUAUGCUAAAUUAUUUUUAGUUGUUUCAUCAUCAAUAUUCAACGGAUUUUCAUUUUUUAAAGCAAAGAAUUCUCAACAAGGUUUACAAAAUCAAAUGUUUUCAAUUUUCAUGUUUUUCAUUCCAUUCAAUACUUUGGUUCAACAAAUGUUACCUUACUUCUGUAGACAAAGAGAUGUUUAUGAAGUUAGAGAAGCUCCUUCAAGAACAUUUAGUUGGUUUGCAUUUAUAACUGGUCAAAUAACUUCAGAAAUUCCUUAUCAAAUUUUUGUUGGUACUGUUGCAUUCUUUUGUUGGUAUUAUCCAUUAGGUUUAUAUAGAAAUGCAGAACCAACAGAUUCUGUUAAUCAAAGAGGUGUUUUGAUGUGGAUGUUUAUAACUUCAUUUUUUGUUUAUACUUCAACUAUGGGUCAAUUAUGUCAAUCAUUUACAGAAUUACCAGAUAACGCUGCUAAUUUAGCUACAUUAUUAUUUACAAUGUGUUUGAAUUUCUGUGGUGUGUUAGUUCCAGGUCCAGAAUUACCAGGAUUUUGGAUUUUUAUGUAUCGUGCUAACCCAUUUACUUAUUUGAUUCAAGGUAUAUUAGCAACAGGAUUGGCUCAUACUAGGGUUGUUUGUAAUGAUGCUGAAUGGCUUAAGAUUCAACCACCUUCAGGAAUUAGUUGUAGUCAAUAUUUAGAUGCUUUUGCUAGUGCAGCUGGUGGACAAGCUGAAGUAAGGAAUGGACAAUGUAGUUAUUGUGCAAUGACUUCAACAGAUACAUUUUUAAAUUCAAUUAAUGCAAGAUAUAGUGAAAGAUGGAGAAACUUUGGUUUAGUUGUUUCAUUCAUAGCUAUUAAUAUUGUUUUAACAACAUUUUUAUAUUGGUUAGCAAGAGUUCCAAAAGGUAAUAGAGAGAAAAAACAUAAAAAAUAA